GCUAAGCCAGCUGGAAUCCGGAGGGUUUCCCUGCCCCAGCUGAGUCAUUUCCAUCCUGGGCAUGGCAGAGAAGGAACAAUAGCUGAACUCCAGGAGUGCAUUCUGUAGCGUCUGGGGCUAUGUCUGCGAACCCACAGAUGAUACAAGACCCUUUUGAAAGGGAUCUCUGGGAAAUUCAACAGUGGAGAGCUGGUGGCCAUCAUGGGUCCUUCUGGAGCUGGGAAGUCCACGCUCAUGAACAUUCUGGCAGGAUACAGAGAGACCGGCAUGAAGGGGGCAGUCCUCAUCAAUGGCAUGCCCCGGGACUUGCGCUGCUUCCGGAAGGUGUCAUGCUACAUCAUGCAAGAUGACAUGCUGCUGCCUCACCUCACCGUUCAGGAGGCCAUGAUGGUGUCUGCACAUCUGAAGCUGCAGGAGAAGGAUGAAGGCAGACGGGAGAUGGUCAAGGAGAUCCUGACAGCACUGGGCUUGCUACCCUGUGCCAAUACACGGACAGGGAGCCUCUCAGGAGGCCAGCGGAAGCGCCUGGCCAUCGCGCUGGAGCUGGUCAACAACCCUCCUGUCAUGUUCUUCGAUGAGCCCACCAGUGGCCUGGACAGCGCCUCCUGCUUCCAGGUAGUAUCCCUGAUGAAAGGGCUGGCCCAGGGCGGCCGGUCCAUCGUCUGCACCAUCCACCAGCCCAGCGCCAAGCUCUUUGAGCUCUUUGACCAGCUUUACGUCCUGAGUCAAGGACAAUGUGUAUACCGGGGAAAGGUCUCGAAUCUCGUGCCAUACUUGAGGGACUUGGGUCUGAACUGCCCUACCUACCACAACCCUGCGGACUUUGUCAUGGAAGUGGCAUCCGGCGAGUAUGGUGAUCAGAACAGCCGCCUGGUGAGAGCCGUGCGGGAGGGCAUGUGUGACUCUGACUAUAAGAGAGAUCUCGGGGGCGACACAGACGUGAACCCGUUUCUUUGGCACCGGCCUGCUGAGGAGGACUCCGCCUCCAUGGAAGGCUGUCACAGCUUCUCAGCCAGCUGCCUCACCCAAUUCUGCAUUCUCUUCAAGAGGACCUUCCUCAGCAUCAUGCGGGACUCGGUGCUGACACACCUGCGAAUCACCUCACACAUCGGGAUUGGCCUCCUCAUUGGCCUGCUGUACCUGGGGAUCGGGAACGAAGCCAAGAAGGUCCUGAGCAACUCCGGCUUCCUGUUCUUCUCCAUGCUGUUCCUCAUGUUUGCCGCCCUCAUGCCCACUGUUCUGACCUUUCCCCUGGAGAUGAGUGUCUUCCUCCGAGAGCACCUCAACUACUGGUACAGCCUGAAGGCCUACUACCUGGCCAAGACCAUGGCUGACGUCCCCUUCCAGAUCAUGUUUCCCGUGGCCUACUGCAGCAUCGUGUACUGGAUGACAUCACAGCCGUCAGACGCCGUGCGCUUCGUGCUGUUUGCCGCCCUUGGCACCAUGACCUCGCUGGUGGCCCAGUCCCUAGGCCUGCUGAUUGGAGCGGCCUCCACAUCUCUGCAGGUCGCAACAUUUGUGGGUCCUGUGACUGCCAUUCCUGUCCUGCUCUUCUCAGGAUUCUUUGUCAGUUUUGACACGAUCCCAACCUACCUACAGUGGAUGUCCUAUAUCUCCUAUGUCAGAUACGGCUUCGAGGGGGUCAUCCUCUCCAUUUACGGCUUAGACCGGGAGGAUCUGCACUGCGACAUUGCUGAGACGUGCCACUUCCAGAAGUCAGAGGCCAUCCUGCGGGAGCUGGAUGUGGAGAAUGCCAAACUGUACCUGGACUUCAUCGUCUUAGGCAUCUUCUUCGUCUCCCUGCGGCUCAUUGCCUAUUUUGUCCUGAGAUACAAAAUCCGGGCCGAGAGGUAAAACACCUGCAGGCCGGCAAGGAGGCAAAGCAGACAUUGUGACCAAGGGCACUGCUGGGAGGCAGCAGUGUACCUGCUCCUGGUGACACAGACUCUCCCGACCUAACCUGGAGGCCACGCAGGUCGAUGGUGACCAGUGCUCAGCGCCUCCGCCCACUGGGUUGGAACUGUUCGUUUCCUUUUCUAGCUUUAACUAGGAAGAAGUAGGACGGUUGGGGUUUUUUACAUGCAGGAUUUAAAACACAACUGGCACAGAAUGUCAUCCUGUGGUCUAGCUGGGGACAAGAGGCUUCCUCAGUAGAUUCCUCCUGGACUCCAGGACGCACUGGCCCUGGAUGAGCAGUGUUGGCCAUGUUGGUUCCCCAGAGAGGUGGAUAUCCUGGGGAAAGUCCACACAUGCAGGAGUCCGCUUGGUGACUAUCGUUUCUUAUGAUUUCCAUCUUUCUAAAGUUCAUCUCAUUUCUGAUGAAGUCACUUUCCGAGCCAAAGUCGAUAAAUUUCAUUCAUUUUGAGAGAUUGUAUCUUUUCAGUACUUCUUGAGGACUGAUUCAGGGUGUGAAAGGUGUGUUUUGCUUAGAAAUAGAAGAGUCCCACGUAGCCACCAAGUGGGGCUCAUAGACACAACCACAGAAGGUCAGACGUGGGCUCCAGGCGAGGAAGACCACCAUACCAGCUGCGCUGGGCCGGCAGGGACUAAGAGUGAUGCCAACAGUGCUGAGGGGGAUGCUAGCAGGCUCUUUCCAGACCUUUCUUUCUCACAUGUUUCUAUUUUAAGCAAAAUAGAUGAUGUCUUCCUAGUUUUCUGGCCACUUUCAUUUUGCCCAAAAAAUACAUAGGUCAAUUUUGUUGAUUUUUAAAGAACAUUUUCCCUUUCUUCAUGAAUCACAUUAACUACCUCCACUGAGCCUGGGAAGCCGGCCGGGGACACAUUAGGUGUGUCCCUCGAAAUGCAGGGGGUGGCAAGGGGGCACCGGUGAGGGGCAGGCCGGCUAAGUCAAAGGGGAGGUGCCAUGGAUGUCCCCUUUAUGAAAACACAGCUGCUUGCUUCUAGAGCGCCGCCAUCCUGGGAUGGAGUCUCCUGCAAAAGCCUGUAUUGUUAUGGGUGGGUCUGUUUACCCCUGUGAGCCUCAGUUUCCACGCCUGUAAGUAAUUGCACUAGAUGAUGUUCUAGCAGGUCCUGAGAUUCCUCGGUUGUGGCCUUGAAGUUUUCAUAUCUUACUUGUAGAGAAUGAUAAGGGUCCGAAUUUUACUUAAACGCAUGGAUGUGCUUUGGAAAAUAUUUAGAGAUUCUUUUUAUUUUUUUCACUCCUAGAUCUUUUAUAGAAAACACAAUUGAAAUGCAUAUUACAAUGUAAUUUUCAGUUUGCUUGUUCUAUACAAACAUGGCAUUGCCUUCUAGAUUCAGCUUUUAACCAGGGACAUGAUCCGCCUUUAUAAAAAGUCUUCAUUUGAAAAAGAAAAAAGUCUUCAUUUAAUUUCAAGAUGUUAGGUAUCGCAUAUCUCAUCCAGAGCGGAACUGUGCACUGUCGGCUGAGAGUGUUAAAAGGGAGCUGGGUGGUCAGAUCUCAGACUUGUUGAGGUCAGAGCCAAAGAACCCAUUCCUCCUGUGUCUCCACUUACCGGUUAAUGUAACGGGUCAUGCUUGGCAGGACGUGCCAGGGGCUGAGUUUCUCCACUAAGACUGCUCUGAGUCCAGUCAAAGAGGCAGAGGCAGAGGGCCAUGUUUCAUAUCUGGAAGAGUGCCUCACCCUCUGGAGGAGUUCUUUCCUGUGCAGGCCACUGUGAACAGCUUGUCACCACCCCUGAGUAAGUGAGGGUGUGAUGAGGUCCUUCCAUAGGGCAGAGUCUGAGCUCACGACACCAGAGCUGGUCGGCUGCUGACUGGCAAGAUGGCAAGGGCAGUUGUGAAAGGACAUUAACCAGAACAGACAUGGGAUCAGAAGUCACUCCGCAGGACAGCACUGCUCAGUUGUUCUGCAGACCUGAGGAAAGCUAACAGCCAUACUAGGGGAUGCUACAUCCUUGUCCCUCAUCCAGUGUCCACAGGUGCCCAGGUGUAUGGCUCUGCCUACCACCAUACAUAGCCUGGAUUCCAGAGACAAGUCUGGAUUUUCUAGAUCAUUCCCUUUUCUUCCUCUUCCUGUUUGUCUCUGUCGUGGCAGGAGGUAUCCGGUGGUGUGUGCCCUUCCUGACUUUGAUGUUAAAGUCAAACUUCCCUUGCAGUUGGGUUCCAUGUGACUCUAAGGACCCAGGCCUUCCUUUUAUCUCUAGCUGAGUUCCUUCUAUUGACAGGAAGGGUUCCAUCAGGAGGCUACACCACCUCCUCAUGUUAGCAGAGUAAAAACAAAAGUCCAAAGACUGCAUUUUCAGGGACCUCAUCCAAGAGUGAGGCCUGUGGGGCUCUACCAGGCUGAAGUUCAGACAAGGCUGGGUGCAAGGGUGGGGCUGCUAUCCUCUGUCCAGCCCCCCUCCUUUGUCCAUCCUGUCCCACCUCCUCCCCUGGCCUCUCCUGCUUCUGCCCUUUGUGAAGAGAGAGUUGAACUCUCCAGGGG